AUGAAGCCAGAGCCGAUUGGAAUUGACACCGAACCCACUCUUGAGGUCGACAAUGGUGGGAAACAAGAGGAAAUACUCGAGUCUAGCCAUGGCCAUGUUGUCGACCACGGACUUCAUCGCGGCCUCAAAGGCCGCCAUUUGCAAAUGAUCUCCCUGGGCGGAGUUGUAGGAGCAAGCAUUUGGUACGGAACUGGAAAUGCGCUGUCGAAUUCAGGGCCGGUUGGUGCCAUUAUCUGUUUCACUGUCAUAGGGAUCGAUGUUUUCUUCGUAAUGCAGGCUUUGGGCGAAAUGGCCACUUUGUAUCCCACACCUGGAGCGUUCACGGAAUUGGCCGGUCGGUUUGUUGACCCAUCUCUGGCAUUUGCGCUUGGGUGGAAUUACUGGUACCUAUGGGUAACCAACAUUGCCAGUGAAUACAACACAUUUUCAAUUGUACUUGGCUUCUGGACCGACAAAGUUCCUUCAUACGGUUGGAUCUUGAUAGCUUGGGUUUUUUUCCAGGCUCUUGGUCUGAUGGGAAUUGUGGUAUAUGGAGAACUGGAGUUUUGGUUAGCAACAUGGAAGAUAAUCUGCGUUUUUGCUGGCUAUCUCAUUGCCAUUCUUGUCAAUACUGGCGCCAUUGGAGGAGACUAUAUUGGAUUCCGAUACUGGAAAACGCCUGGGCCUUUUGCAAAAGGUGGAAUCAAUGGCUUUGGACAGUCAUUCGUCUUGGCAGCAGUCUAUUACUGUGGUACCGAGAUGGUUGCGAUUACUGCCGGAGAAAGUCGAAACCCCAAGAAGCAUGUUCCAAAGGCGAUAAGAAACACGUUUUUCCGGAUAUUGUUCAUUUUCCUUGGGCUCAUCUUUUUUGCUUCUAUCAUAGUCCCUUCGGACGACCCAGGAUUCGUGACAGCAACGAGUAAAAGUGCCUCAUCGCCGUAUAGCCUUGCUCUUCAACACGCCGGCUGGGCGGCUGCUCCUAACCUGAUAAACACAUUCAUCUUCACGGCCGUGUUUUCUUCCAUCAAUUCGUGCAAUUAUAUAGCCUCACGCACUCUUCUCUCCCUUGCUCAACUCGGCCGUGCCCCGAAAAUAUUCGCGAAAACCACCAGCAGAGGCGUGCCAAUAUACGCGGUCAUCGUGACAAACACGCUGGGGUUGAUAGCAUUGAUUAACACAGGGACCGGUGCUGGUGUAGUUUUCACUUACCUCGUCACAAUAUCUGGUUCUGCAACAUUCAUUGCCUGGGCAUUCAUCGGAAUCACCCAUUUGCGCUUUCGACGUGCAUGGAAGUUGCAGGGUCGCCUGGCCAACGAACUUCCUUUCCAGGCAUGGCUAUACCCAUGGGGUACUUAUUUCGUCGUCGCAUUGAAUGUAUUCUUGGUGUUUAUCCAGGGAUACUCGACUCUGUUGACUCCAUGGCAGCCGGUCGCGUUUGUUUUCAACUAUAUUAUUCUGGUGUUGUUCGUAGGACUCUGGAUAUUUUGGAAAUUCUGGAAGCAGUGCAAGUUUGUUGAUCUGGCGGCUGUAGACUUGAACAAGGAUAGACGAGAUGUGCUGGACGAUGCUGAUGAGGAAGAGGUCCUGAAGAACGACCUCGAUCCCGACCGAGCCCAGCAGCUACUCAUUUCUCCAGCACCUCAUUUCGCUCGUACCGCGGCCAGCUGGAGAAAUAGCCACGACGAAAGACACGCUCCUUGUUGCCCGUUUGAUACUCGAUGGUUAGACUGCACACGCAUAGACGCCGCCAAACACACUGGCAUCUCAACUUCAAAUGUAAACAUGACUACUGGGAAAUUAUCCCAGAACGACGGCUUCCUGUUUGGCGAGUCGACUGUCGUGGCUCGUCAUCGUAACACACUGCUAGUGGCAAUUGAUUUCGAAAAUCUCGACAAUGUUCAAUCGGGAUUCGACCGUCGUACAGAGUGCCAAAUUGGCCUUGCAUUAUUCGAUCUUGGAGAGGCCCUAUCUUUGGAAGGAUUAGGCGCGACAAUGCUGAUAAAGACCUACAAUUUUGUGACCGGCAACACAGGGUACAGUGACAAGGCAGCCAAGAAAUUUCUUUUCGGCGAAACCAAAAGGAUCAGCCAUGAAGAAGUUACCAAGUACCUCAACAGUACAGUAUCAAGAUCAAAAGAAAUAAUUCUUGUCGGGCACGCUGUCGACAACGAUGUCGAUUGCCUGGAAGCCUUAGGAUUUGACUAUGAAGCUUCAGUGGUGGCAAUAUUAGACACGCAGAAGAUCGCCGUACAAACCUCUAUAUUUCCUCGUGCAGCGUUACAUGAGCUUUUGGAAGAACUUCAAUGCCCCUUCGCGAAUUUGCACUCCGCAGGCAACGACGCUCAUUUCGCACUACGAGCACUUCUGCUAUUGGCAACCAGAUGCCAGAAACAGGUGACUGAGGAACGAAUAAGACGAACGGACAUACUCACAAGCAUCGCCAAAGGAAAAUUGCCUGGAACAGCUACCAAACCCAAACAAAGCAAG